UCCGCCUCCCGCUCCAUUCCUGAGCUUCACAAACCACGGCGAGAAGCCUUGUCAGAGCAGUCCAUCGCCACGACGACGAACACCGUACUUGGCCGCGCACACCAUGGGCAUCCUGAACCACCUCUCCCAUCUCUGCAGCUUCACGGAGACCAAGGAGGCCCUCAAGCUCCGGAAGAAGCGCCCGCUCAACACGGUGAACAUCAAGGUGAAGAUGGACUGCGAGGGGUGCGAGCGGCGGGUGAAGAGCGCCGUCAAGUCGAUGCGCGGCGUGACGAGCGUGGCGGUGAACCCGAAGCAGGGCAGGUGCACGGUGACGGGGUACGUGGAGCCGGCCAACGUGCUGGCGCGGGUGAAGAGCACCGGCAAGAACGCCCAGAUGUGGCCGUACACGCCCUACAAGGUCAUCACCUACCCCUACGUCGGCGGCGUCUACGACAAGAAGGCCCCCGCCGGCUUCGUCCGCAGCGCGCCGCAGGCCAUGGCCGACCCCGCCGCGCCCGAGAUCAGGAUGAUGACCAUGUUCAGCGACGAGAACGCCAACGCGUGCGCCGUCAUGUGACCCAUUGUGACAAAACCGUCAAGUUAAACGGUUUAAUUAAGUGUAACCGCUAUCAUUUGAACGCAUCAGGCGCAUUAACUUAAUUAAGUAUAAUCUGACAGCCUGUUUUCAACCCACAGGCCGAUCGAAACAUCACCAGUAGUCUCGCACGACGGCGAGCGCAGACGGUACUAGCAUGAUAUAAUUUCACAAAUAUAUAUAACAACAUAAAUAUUUACAAAAAUAUUUUUAAAUUUAAAAUUUACUUACAAUAAAUGAUAGCAGUGGAAACGAAUAUAACCUGAGAGAAGGGAGUUUGUUUGAGAACCAAUAAAACAAAAUGAUAACUACGAAAACAUGAGGACGUCACAUCGAGCCCACUGAUGCGAAUUCUGGUUAGCUUCUAUAUCUGAAACAGGGUAAACAACAAACACUGAGUAUACUAAUACUCAGCAAGACUUACUCGACUAAGGGUAUACUUAACCCAUUAUCUAGACAUGCACGGUUUUCUAGCUAGUGGUUUGUUUUGCAGAAAUGUCUCUAUAGGUGGGUCCUUACUUUCAAUAUUUUAGCCGCAUAUUUUAUAUAGAUAGACUAUCAACUAAUAUUUGCACAUCCAAAGUAAUCAUGGUGGAGCAUUCAAUAUUAAUUCAAAGUAGUAUCCAUCAUA